AUCAUGUGGAUGGACCCUGUUUUGCUUGCCCAUCACCCAUCGAUGGGCGCUUGGGUUGCUUCCCCUUCUUGGCUAUCGUGAGUAGUGCUGCUGUAAACAUGGGUGUACAAACAUCUCUGAGUCUCUGCUUUCAUCUCUUUUGGGUACGUACCCAGAAAUAGGAUAUAGCUGUAUCAUAUGGUAAUUCCAUGGUUAAUUUAAAUUUCCUCAAGUCCGGCUGACCCACUUUUCUCCCCCUUCCCAACUUUCUUUUUACUUGCUGCCAUUUUUGGAGUAGACACUUUGAAAACAGACUUUCACAAGCUACUUUAUGUCAUAGAUUAGCAAGGAAAGUAUUUGAAUCGGCAGCCUGCAACCCAAAUUUGGCACUUAGAAAGCAGCUGUGGGCAGCACGGUUUGCUGUGCUAACUGUAACCAUCUUGGGUAGGAUGGCGUUAAUGCUGGUCUUGGGUAGGAUGGCGUUAACACUGGUGAGUUUUUCUAGGGGGAAGGAUCUGUGGUUCUGCAUGUACACUGGCCUUAAUGCUAUUUUAAGGGCACUUUCCCUGAUGACUUAUGGGAAGGUUUAUGGAACAGUCAGAGUAUGUGGAAUUGUUCCGAGCCACUGUUUAAAAAAAAAAGAUUUUUCCAUCAUGUGAAAAAUACUGAACAUUUCUUGAAGGAGCAGUUGGGUCAGAAUGACAUUGUUCCGCUUCGGUGAAUUUAUUAUCUUCUGGGAACAUUAAGAAAAACCCACUAAGCAUUGCUGUAUUUAUGAGCACUGCAUCAUGCUUUUGCUGUUCUUCUGAUUGCUAGUGGCGUUCCUGUGGAUGGUUUGUCUGCUCGUGCAGGGUCAUCUCUUGUGUGGUAUUAUCAGCACCUUUUCUUGACACGAUGUGCAGAGAUUCUUGACAGUUUGGUCAUCCUGGCUAAAAACCUUAGAAUCGCUUGGAAGUCUGAGCAGGUGCUGGGACGUGGUGCGUUGUCUCUAGCAGGUCGGAGGAUCGCUGGGCUCAGAUGCGAAAGUCAUCCACUGGGUCAGCAGAUGCUGUGGGGCAACACUGCUGCUUCAGUGUGCUGCAGGCCGCCGGGGCACACUCGGACGCGCCUUGGGUCUGUGCCCUGCGUCUCACCGGCAGAGUGUCCACGUGUAUCACAAAAGUGCGCAGUUCAGAGAAGACUACCCCGCGCCCCACCCGUACCCCGGCUCCCAAACUGUCUCGUCAACAAGGCAGCAAGAGGUGCAUCUCAUCUAUCCCGUGCGCUGGUCACUGCUGGAACCAGGAGAGGACCUGUCCUUUAGCUUCACAUAGGAAACAAACCGAGGCACCAGUCUUGUGCGGUGAUGGUUUUGGAGUGCCUGGUUGGUGCGAGGGAAGGACGCUGUUUAUGGAGAGCACACGAGGUGGUGACAGCCCAUGUGGUCGUCAGGAGGGCCACCUGGCUGUGGUGGACAUCCCAGAGCAGACGGGGAAUCAUGAAGACAGCUCGUUGUGGAGCAGAGCUCUUCUCAAGAGCACAGAGUACGGCGUUUGUGAAAACUUGCGGAAGCUGGAGAUCACGGGCGUGUCUUGUCGAGACGUCUACGCGAAGUGUAUAAACCCUCGUGUGAAGUCGGGCCGUUUCAUGAAAAUUCUUCCCGAUUACGAGCACAUGGAAUACAGAGAUGUUUACACCUGCCUGCUUCACCGAUACAGACACAUUUUGGGACUGUGGCAGCCAGAUAUCGGGCCGUAUGGAGGACUGCUGAACGUGGUGGUGGAUGGCUUGUUCAUCAUUGGCUGGAUGUACCUGCCUCCCCACGACCCUCAUGUGGACGACCCGAUGCGGUUCAAGCCCUUGUUCCGAAUCCACCUGAUGGAGAGGAAGUCGGCCACGGUGGAGUGCAUGUACGGCCACAGGGGGCCCCACAAUGGCCACGUCCAGAUCGUGAAGAAGGACGAGUUCUCCACCAAGUGCAACCAGACGGACCACCACAGGAUGUCUGGUGGGAGGCAGGAGGAAUUCCGCACGUGGCUGAGGGAAGAAUGGGGGCGGACGCUGGAGGAUAUUUUCCACGAGCACAUGCAGGAGCUCAUCCUGAUGAAGUUCAUCUACACCAGUCAGUACGACAACUGCCUGACCUACCGCCGCAUCUACCUCCCGCCCAGCCACCCGGACGACCUGAUCAGGCCUGGCCUCUUCAAGGGCACCUACGGCAGCCACGGCCUGGAGAUCGUCAUGCUCAGCUUCCACGGGAAGCACGCCAGGGGCACGAAGAUCACGUUUCUACGGCACGGGCCUCAUCGCCGGCCACGGCUUCACCAGCCCCGAGCGCACCCCUGGGGUCUUCGUCCUGUUCGACGAGGAUCGCUUUGGGUUCAUCUGGCUGGAGUUGAAGUCCUUCAGCCUGUACAGCAGGGUCCAGGCCGCCUUCCGGAAUGCGGACGCCCCGUCCCCACAGGCCUUCGAGGAAAUGCUCAAGAACAUCCAGUCCCUCGCCUCCUGAUGGCCCACCGCCCCGCGGCGGGCGGCCCGGGCUGGGAGGGCAGCAGUGUGCGCUCAGGAGACGCGGCCUCUGACCGGAACACCCACCUCCUCGUAGGAGCCUCUGCGCGGCCUCCCCAGACGCUUUCCGUGGACGCCCACAUAUCUGCCAGUAGCAAUGGGAAAGCUGAGCAUGUCUGAAACAAACAACAGAACCAGAACAAACCGCCUUAGAGGACGGGCUGCAGGGCACGUAGGUGACUGAACUGGAGAAGUUGGCCAUUUUCUAGGGAAAACAAAAUCCUCCUCCAGGAAGGUUCACAACGCAACAGAGUCUGUUGCCUCCAGCCGAUAGAAGGGGUCAUGGGUGAGGUGUGUGGGCUCCACCAUCCCCUCUGCAGGAAGUGAGCCAGAGGGCCUUGGUGCCUUCGACACAGCCUGGGCAGGUGGGGCACUGUGUGUGGAAUAAGGGCUCCAGGGAGUCGGGCUUGGGACCCACUUCUCUACCGACUUGCUUGGAUUUUGGACAAAGGCAUUUCACCCUGAUCUCAGUUUCCAAAUCAGUGGAAUGGGGCCAGUGAUACGGGUCACUAGGGAACACCACUGCAGGCCUUCCAGCAGCUUGGAGGCCCUGCAAGCACCGCCCGACCCCGGUCCCUGCGGUGCGGUGUGCCUGCCCGGCCUCUCAGGCUCUAGAGCCUAGACCUUCACUGCAGCAGUUCAGACAGGCAUUCACUUAGUUCACGCCUUGCCCCUGCCCCGCACUCACUGCUGUCAGACCCUGAGCUGCAGCCGCUGGUCUCAGAACCAGGACAGGGCACCCUCUGAGAUGACCUGCGUCUGUUCCUCCUGCUUGCUUUACACAGGUGCCGCUCUGAGAGGGGCGAAGCAGCAGAAGGGGUUGUGCCAGGUGAGCGUGACGUCCCUUUGCGGGGGGUGGGGGGCUUUCUGGACGCUGCACGUAGGGAGCGCACUUUGGAGACCAGGACCCUCAGGGAGCCUCCAGCAUGCAGACCCUCCCGCUGGCAUCGUCCCUGUGUCACGUUGACCCCUUCAUUUGGGGACCCCUGUGAGCUCGCUCUGAUCUUGCUGUGUCCUGAAGAGCGGAGCCCCGCGUGCCUGUGCACAGACCUGCUGGAGUUCUGUUCAGCCCUCCCUCCAGGCUGCACCUGCCUACCAGGACGUGUGGCUUCCCGGGGUGGACGGACUCUGUUCCUUCCCAGUUGCUCGUCCUUGUCGGCUGGACUGCGCUGAGCCCUCACACUGGGGGCGGGGGCCCCAGGGAAGGGGCAGCUUUGUGGUGCCUUUAUGUAGAGACCAACCUGAGGUGUCCCAUGAAACGUGGCCUGUGUCUCGUGAUAGCGUUCUCCCUGACCAGCCCUUUUCUAAAACAACAACCCCCCACCGCCCCCGCUUCAGCACAUUUGGCGACCCUGGCCUUCCUUUGCUCCCAGAAUCACAGAAGCAGCAAGCUCUGUGCAUGGCCUUGAAGCGCAGGCUGCGCCUCUCCGGAGGCUCCGUGGGGCUGCCCUGGGCACGCCGGGCACUGUCGGCCGUCUCGUCCGAGGCACGUAGGCCCCCCUCCCAGACCCUUCCAGCAGGACCCGGGGUCGGGUGGGAACGUGGUCCCAGCUCCCGCGUCUCUCGAAGGACUGAGCCUCAGAGCCUGAGGCCGGUCCCUCCCUCUCACAAUGUGGCUGUUCUUCUCUCGUGCCAAGCAUGGCCGUCCCCAACAGUGACGACUGGCCGCAAAGCCUUGAGGACCGUGACAACGGAGGACAGCUGGGCUAGGCUGUUCCUCUCUAGAUUCCAUCAUUGUU